AGCUGAGAAAUUUCUAUCGAGAGUUAAGGGAAAGUUGGGACAACUCUUCUGUUUGUUAAAUUAAAUUUUACUGAGGCUGGUUAUUUUUGUUUCCCGAAGACAGGAUUUAAACUUUGCACUCAAAGGGCUCCAUACCUGAAAACAAUCAUGGAGUGGAAAAUACUUCCCAUUCACUUGCUGUUUCUUUCUGUUUCCUUGAUUCAGCAAGUUUCUACUCAAGAUGUAUCAAGCUGUGCAGGGAGAUGUGGGGAAGGGUAUUCUAGAGAUGCCUCCUGCAACUGUGAUUAUAACUGUCAACACUACAUGGAGUGCUGCCCUGAUUUCAAGAGAGUCUGCACUGUGGAGCUUUCCUGUAAAGGCCGCUGCUUCGAGUCCUUUGCAAGAGGGAGGGAGUGUGACUGUGACUCCGAAUGUAAGAAGUACGGCAAAUGCUGUUCCGAUUAUGAGAGUUUUUGUGAAGAAGUGCAUAAUCCCACACCACCACCAUCUUCAAAGACGGCACCUCCGCCUCCAAGAGCAUCUCAAACCAGGAAAGCAACAACCAAACGUUCUCCCAAAUCAAAAAAGAAGACUAAGAAAGUUAUAGAAUCAGAGGAAAUAACAGAAGAACAUUCUGUUUCUGAAAAUCAAGAGUCUUCCUCCUCCUCUUCCUCUUCCUCAACUAUUCGGAAAGUCACGUCUUCCAAAAAUUCAGCUGCUAAUAAAGAAUUAAAGAAGAAACCCAAAGUAAAAGAUAAGAAGGAAAGAACUCCUAAAAAGAAACCUAUCCUAGAACCACCAGUUGUAGAUGAAGCCGGAAGCGGACUGGACAAUGGAGAUAUGAAGCUCACCCCAACUCCUAACAUUCCUACUCCUCGGCACGGCAAAGUUACUGCAUCUCCCAAGAUUACAACAGUGAAACCAAAAAAUCUUAAACCCAGUCUUCCACCUAAUUCUGUUACAUCCAAAGAAACAUCUUCCACAACCAGUAAGGAGACAACAGUUGAAACUAAAGAGACUUCUGUAACAAACAAACAGACUUCAACUCGUGCAAAAGAGAAGACUACUUCAGCUAAAGAGACACGAAAUGCAGAAAAAACAUCUGCUGAAGAUUUUGCACCUACAUCAGCAGUUCCUACUAAACCUACAACGAAAGCCAAAACUACAACCAAAUCCCCUACUCCAACCACCCCCAAGGAGCCUGCACCCACCAUUGCCGAGGGGCCUGCACCCAGCACCCCCAGGAAGCCUGCUCCCACUAUUCCCAAGGAACCUGCACCCAGGACCCCAAAGGAUCCUGUACCCAGGACCCCCAAGGAGCCUUCCACCAGCACCCCUAAGAAGCCUGCUCCCAAAACUCCCAAGGAACCUGCACCCAGGACCCCCAAGGAUCCUUCUGCCAGCACUACCAAGGAGCCUGCUUCUAGCACCCCCAAGGGGUCUGCACUCAAUACCCCCAAGGAGCCUGCUCCCAGCACCCCCAAGGAGCCUGCACCCAGCACCCCCAAGGAGCCUGCUCCCAGCACCCCAAAGGAGCCUGCUCCCAGUACCCCCAAGGAGCCUGCUCUUAGCACCCCCAAAGAGCCUGCUCCCAGGGACCCCAAGGACCCUGCUCCCACCACCCCCAAGGAGCUUGCUCCCAGCACCCCCAAGGAGCCUGCACCCAGCACCCCCAAGGAGCCUGCUCCUAGCACCCCAAAUGAGCCUGCUCCCAGUACCCCCAAGGAGCCUGCUCUUAGCACCUCCAAAAAGCCUGCUCCCAGGGACCCCAAGGACCCUGCUCCCACCACCCCCAAGGAGCCUGCACCCAGCACCCCCAAGGAGCCUGCUCUUAGCACCCCUAAGGAGCCUGCUCCCAGGGACCCCAAGGAGCCUCCCCCCAGUACCCCCAAGGAGCCUCCCCCCAGUACCCCCAAGGAGCCUGCUCCCAGGGACCCCAAGGAGCCUGCCCCUAGCACCCCCAAAGAGCCUGUACCCAGCACCCCCAAGGAGCCUGCUCCCAGCACCCCCAAGGAGCCUGCUCUCAGCACCCCUAAGGAGCCUGCCCCCAGUACCCCCAAGGAGCCUGUACCCAGCACCCCCAAGGAGCCUGCUUCCAGGGACCCCAAGGAGCCUGGUCCCAGGGACCCCAAGGAGCCUGGUCCCAGGGACCCCAAGGAGCCUGCUCCCAGGGACCCCAAGGAGCCUGCUCCCACCACCACCAAGGAGCCUGCUCUCAGCACCCCCAAGGAGCCUGCUCCCACCACCCCUAAGGAACAGGAUCCCACCACCCUCAAGGAGCCCUUACCCACUACCACCACCACCAAGGGGCCUGCACCAACCCCCUCUAAGGAACAGAAUCCCAGCACCCCCAAGGAGCCUGCUCCCAGCACCCCUAAGGAACAGGAUCUCACCACCCUGAAGGAGCUUGUACCCACCACCACUAAGGGGCCCACUCCCACCACUCCCAAGGAGCCCACCUCCACCGCCAAGAGGCCUACUCCCAGUUCUCCUGAGACAGCGGCUUCAACCAUGUCAGAGGCCUUUACUCCAACCACCACGGUGGAGCCUCCCACUACUUCCAGGAACCCUGCUGAAUCAACUGAGUUUCCUGCAGCAUCUACACCAAAGGCCCAUGAAAACAGUCCCAAGGAGCCUGCUGUACCUACAACAAAGGCUCCUAAAGUGACCAAACCUGAAAUGACCACAGCAGUUAAAGACAAAACAACAGAAAAAGACACACAUACUACACCUGGAGUAACAGCCGCUGUACCUAAGACUACAACAGAACACACAGCGAGGCCUACAGAAGGAAAGACUGCUGAAUCUCAAACAAGUCCAACCACGCAGGUAACCUCCACCACCAGUGAGGACACUACGUCACUCAGAAUCACUCUUAGAGCAACAACUCCUACACCCGAUGUCGCAAUGUCUGCAACAAAGAUGGCUCCUGCGACAGAAGAGACGGUGAGUGACCCUGAAGGAACAGCUACUCCCAAACGAACAGCUGUUAAAUCUCAAGCGACAACUCCUAAGUCCCCAAAGCCAACCAAAGCCCCCAGAAAGCCCACUUCUACCAAAAAGCCCAAAGUAAGAAAACCAAAGACCACAUCAGCCCCUCCACAGACAACGGGAUCGCCUGGGCCUCAGUCAAACCCUACCCCUUCAGCAGGAGCCAGGAUUCAGGCCACCACCAGCCCUAACCUAAUGCCUAAGUCAGAAAUAGCUGGAGGAAAUCCGAAGAAUGGAGAUGCGGUUGCUGCUGGAGAAACAUCUCACGUGGUUCCCAGGCGUCCCGAGUUAACCCCUAUAGUUAUUCCAGGCACGGAUUUCUUGGUGAGCAGACACAGACAAGGCAUUAGCAUCGACCCCAUACUUUCAGAUGAGACUAAUUUAUGCAAUGGUGUGCCAGUAGAUGGACUGACUACUUUGCACAAUGGGACAUUAGUUGCAUUUCGAGGUCAUUAUUUCUGGAUGCUAAGUCCACUCAGUCCACCAUCUCCACCUCGUAGAAUUACUGAAGUUUGGGGUAUUCCCUCCCCCAUUGAUACUGUUUUUACUAGAUGCAACUGUGAAGGAAAAACUUUCUUCUUUAAGGGUUCUCAGUACUGGCGUUUCACCAAUGACAUAAGAGAUGCAGGGUAUCCCAAACAAAUUGUAAAAGGAUUUAGAGGACUAAACGGAAAAAUAGUGGCAGCUCUCUCAAUAGCUAAAUACAAGACGAGACCUGAAUCUGUAUAUUUUUUCAAGACAGGUGGCAGCGUUCAGCAGUACAUUUAUAAACAGGAACCCAUCAAAAAGUGCACUGGAAGAAGGCCUGCUAUAAAUUAUCCAGUGUAUGGAGAAAUGACACAGGUUAGGAGACGUCGCUUUGAACGUGCGAUAGGACCUUCUCAAACACACACCAUCAGAAUUCACUAUUCACCCAUCAGAGUCACUUAUCAAGACAAAGUAUCAUCAACAGAUUUCCUUCAUGAUGAAGUUAGAGUGAGUUCACUGUGGAGAGGAUUUCCAAAUGUGGUUACUUCAGCAAUAGCACUGCCCAAUGUCAGAAAACCUGAUGGCUUUGAUUACUAUGCAUUUUCUAAGGGUAAGUUACUAAGUAAAAUCUUAAUAGCUUUCUCAAAAAUGAGAACUAAUCUCUGAAAUAUGAGUAUAAUC